CUGCAGCUGGAGCCGGGCCUCUGUGCCGAGCUGGAGGCGGGACGCAGCCUAGUAAUCCGCGGUGAAAAGGAUGAACAAGCAGUGUUGUGCAGCAAAGAUAAAACUUACGACAUGAAAAUAGCAGAUACCUCAAAUAUGCUGCUGUUUAUUCCUGGUUGCAAAACCCCAGAACAGCUGAAGGCAGAUCAAGCGUCUUGUAAUAUUAUUCAUUCACAGAUUGCUGGUUUCUCCAAUAACUAUUGGGAAUUAAGGAGACGUCGACCGAAAUUGAAGAAACUGAGGAAGCUUUUAAUGGAAGAUCCAUAUGAAGGGCCAGAUAGUCAGAAAGAUCAGACUUUGACAUUUUCGAAGUAUACAACAGAAGAUCUGUUAAGUCUGAUUCAAGCGAGUGAAGAAGAAAUAUUGCACCAAUUGCAGGUUAUAGAUGCCUGCAAAAUUGAAGGAUAUUGGAGAAUUCUAGAAUUUGACUAUGAGAUGAAACUCUUGAAUCACGUGACUCAGCUAAUAGACUCAGAGUCCUGGUCUUUAAGUAAGGUUCCUUUACGUACCUGCCUUGAGGAACUUGGAUCUUUAGAGCCCACAGAGAUGAUAGAACAUAUUCUUUUAAGCUAUGGAAGGAAAUACACUGAUGAUGGGGAGGUUUACUUUGAAAUGCGUGAAGAUAAAAUAUGUAGAGCUAUAGCGCAAAUGCUUUUGCAAAAUGCAGUUAAAUUCAAUCUGUCGGAGUUUCAAGAAGUCUGGCAACAAAGUGUCCCUGAAGGGAUGACAACAAGGCUUGAUCAGCUUAAGGGCUUGGCUCUUGUGGAUAAAAGCUUAAGACCAGAGACCAUCUUUCUGCUAAAAGUAGAAGACUUGCCUGAAGACAACCAGGAAAGAUUCAACAGCUUAUUCAGCAUACGGGGAAAGUGGACAGAAGAGGAUAUUACCCCUUAUAUACAAGACUUAUGUGCAGAGAAGCAGACAGUUGGUGCUCUUCUGACAAAAUAUGCUCGCUCCUCAAUGCAGAAUGGUGUUAAAGUUUAUAAUUCUAGAAGACCCAUCUCAUAA